AUGAUUGAUGAGAGCAGGCAUACAUACACUAGACAGGGACAUAUGAGACAUGAACGUACGCAGAAGUGUGCUCUUGGACGAGCCUUCGGAGAAAGCGAACAUGACGAAGUAGGAGAAGGCGAACUUGAUCACGAAUUAGGAGUAAGUGAGCUCGAAAACGAAGGAGGAGAAAGCGAUCUUGAGGACGGGGGAGGAGAGAAUGUACUUGAUGGCAGAGUAGGAGAUCACCUGAGCGACGCGCAAUCCAUGUGA